UGUGGUCGAGUCCACGGCCUUCCAGCGGUCAUACCCAACCUCUCAAUCGGAAACUUCCGAAUAAACAUCUUCGGAAUCGAGCAUCAUAAAAGAAGAUGGCGGUCAUACGAAGAAAGAGUUGCGUCUCUCUCUUAUAUACCCUCCCAUACGAGUAAGAGAGACAAUUCCUGCCUUUGUUGUAUGCUGAAUGAAAUUGUUCAACCAUUUUCAUUUAAAUUUUCAGAGAAUGUAUCUUAUAUAACUUUGAACCAUUACAGCUGGCGGGUGCUUUUACUUUUUUUUUCCUUUGUUCUAUUCUACUAAAGUUAUUAACGUAAGCUUAAUUGGUACUUAUUUUACUUACUUUAAUGGGUACUUCUUAGCAUAUACAGUUUUAUUCACAAUGCAACAUGUCUUUUAUACCUGCUUUUCUAUAUCAAUUAAUGUUGAGGGUUUACAUUGAUAUAUACUCGUCAUCAUAAGUAACUUAUUAUAAGUACUUUAAAAUUUUCAAUUAAAACUCACGUCUAGUCUACAGAAAUUAUUACAUCAUGAAUUGACAUUUUUUUCAGAUAGGUAUUAUAUGAUACCUAUGGCUGCGCAACCCCUCCACACACUCCACUCCCCCCUCAGCUAAUUCUGAAUACGCGCCUGCUAAACGUUUACGUUCUUGUUAUGAUUACCAGAGAUAAAACGCAACACAACGAACCUGCACGUUCCUAAGUCGAGAUUAGGAAACUAAUUGGCUGACUCGCUCGUCCGUUCUUGCUCAUUAUUAUUUUUUUUAAUCUGCCUUCAUAUAAAUUAAUAAACACUGACUAAAUUGAGUACACUAAAGACUGGAUAUUUAUAUGAUCUGUCAACACACACAAAAGUCGGAUCGCCAUCUUGGAUUUCUACGACAAUCUCGCACUUUCCUGAGAUGGUGAUCGGAAAAUUCCGGCUGUGAGGUUGGGUAUGACCGCUGGGAGUCCGCGGACUCGACCACAAUCUACGUCCGUGUUUAUUCGGAAAUUAGCUCCGUAGAAGACCCUGGAAACGAGAUGUUACGCUACAUCAGAAGUAACCGGAAGUACGUGUGGGCUUCCUGUCGCGUGAUUUUUUCCGAGGCCUGGUGCCGAAACUCAGAAGUCAGAGGGAAAGAACAAGGAAAAUAAAAUGGAGUCGGAAGAGCAAACGACUAAAUGGGAUGCUUCAGCGCUCAAGCAACUGGAUGAUCAUGAGAUACAGAAGAAGAUUGAUUAUGAGGUGCGCAUGCGAGAGGGCACGGUCAAGCUACUUGCCGCAUGUCAUGAGGAAGAACAGGCAUUAGAAGCCUCUAAAAACCUACACACAAUCAAUGCUAGGAUACUAGCUUUAAUGAGUUUAUUGCAAAGGCACAGAGCAAAGUCUGUAAUCUCAAGAAGAAGAGAGUCAAGCAGCUCCAGUGUUGAGCAUGAGAAGAGGAAUGGUACAAUAGAACCGAGCAAGGCCAAGGUUUCUCUGUCAGAUAUCCGUAUACCCCUCAUGUGGUCACCUGAUGAUCACACAAAAGCUAAAGCAGAGCAGCAUGUGUUUUAUGUCUUCUGUCUUCUAAAAAUGGACGGGCAGGUCCUCGACACAACUAUGGUGCCAACAGAUGAGUCUGAGACAGAUAUACAAUUCAGUGAUGUAAUUGUUUUUGAAAAUGUACACUCAGACUUUAAGCUUGAAAUAGAAAUAUACUACACAAUAUCUUCUGAAAGCGCAGCUAAUAGAAACCUAGGAAUCAAGAAGUCACUGAGGCGAACUCUUUCUGGAGCAGAGGGCUUAAAGUUUGUCCUUGCAGGACACACACAGUUGACAGUUGACCAUCUUGAUGACAAGAUAAAAACUUAUGACUUAAAAACAGGGUUGGUUGGUGCAAGUGCCACCGCCUCUACUGUGUCAACAGAAGAGACUCAUUCCCCAGAGCUGGCAUUAUGGGGUCAAAUCUGCUGUAGGCUGGCUGCUCAGCCCGACUGCUUUGGUCAUGAAAGAGUAAAGGGAUACCUGAAUGUGCAGUGCAUUUCUAAUGGGCAAAACUCGUGGACCAGGCUUUGGUGUGUCCUCAAGCACGCCUCAUUGUCGUGUUGGGAGAAAGAGGAAGACUCGUACCAGGCCCCACCAAAGGACAUCAUCGAUAUAAAAGUGCACAUGGAGGUAAAAGAUUCAGUGAGCCCCCUCCUGAAACAACAAAACAUCCUGAUUCUGACGAGCCCCACGCAUGAAAAAGAGCCUGUUUUAUCUGCUGAAUCAGACGAAGAGUUUGUAGUGUGGAGGGAAGCUUUAAAGCAGGCUGUCUGCGAUGUGAACGCAUGGAAAAAGGGAUGUAGAACAGAGAUGAAAGUCGAGUGUCCUUCAACCCGGAAGCUCCCCCCGGCCCCAAAGAAACUGUACGAUUCUAUAGAAGUCCUUCUUUCACCAUUGGAUGAAUCUGAUGAGAACAUCCCUCUCCCCCCUCGACCGGAACUAGCAGAUGUGAACAGCGACUCGGCGAGUACCAUCAAGUGCACGUAUGACGUAUGGCAGAGACGAAAACCGGAGAGAAGCAGCUUGCGAGAAAAGAAAACCCAACAAGACAACAGCGAGUCCUCAAUAUAAGAAUUUCCCCUGCAUUAACAUUAACGGUUUUAUAUUUUAUCUUUUUCUCGGAAGGAUUCUAUCUUUCAGGAUGAAAGCACGGAAUCCCCUUCAUGCAGUUCUUUCGACAUGUUCUUUUAUACAUCGUUUUCGGCUCUGCAGGCGAAAGGGAGAGGGCGCUUGAACGGCGUUUUGUUUGUUGUCAAGAAUUCGCUUGUGUUCUAGUUAAAAAUUAACAAAGUUGUUAGUUAUCGUUUAGAGAUCCUGUGAAACUCGUAAAGCGAGUGUAAACAGCGCCAGCAUUUGGAACACUGUGUGUUCUAACCGGGUUUCCUGUCCAUGGCAGAGCCGUAGCAGGUUAUGUAAGUUUGGAGGGGCACAAUACAGAAACAUAAAGGUGGCGCGCCGAGGUUGUUUUUUGGCUAAACAGCUUAUGCUAUGUUCCCUAUAGAAGACUCAUUUUCGGCGCGAGUUUCGUUUUUUUUUUUAGAUUUUAUUAAUACAUCUAUUCUUUAUCAGAUUCCGCUAGAUUCGCUCACAGACGGCUCAAAAAAGCCCAGUCUGAUUGAAAAGGGUUAAGAAAAUAUUGGGGAGGGGGUGGCAUAUCCACGCACCUACUGGUCAUUCCCUUAUAAUGUUUGGAAAAAUUGAUGGGGGUGGGGGGUGGCACAGCCACAUGCCCACUACGGCCUUGCUACGGCCCUGCAUGGAGAUAAAAUGUGAGGCAACACUAACCCACCACAGGAAGCUCGAAAGAGCUCUUUAGGAGCGCCCGAAAAGUACGCUGGAUCUUCGAGCAUGACAACUAGCAUGAAAACGCAUGAGGCUAGGAUGUUUAAAGACGCUUUAUUACCAUGGUGACGUAGUCUCCUUCGCAGCCGUCCUUACGUGGGAAGGGAUUUUAGACUGACAAUUGGUUUCCCUAGGGUCUCACAUAAUCUGGCUGUGCACAUGUGCACGAGACUGUGUUACCUUUACAGUUAUAAAAGAGAUUAUAUAGUUAUAGUCCAUUAUAAUAAUUGCCAAAAUUAUAGCUAGAUAUGGCAAAAUAGGAAAAGGACGGUUACGCUGAGAUGAAUAAAUAACAAAGAAUACGCAACUUGAUUAUAUUUUUCCUGCUUUGAAAACCCUAGAUUAAUUUACAAAAAAGUAUAAAUUCCGUACACUAUCCAAGGCCCAUAGACAUUAAAUUAUAUCCAUAUUUAAGUAGAUAUUUUUUGUAUUUAAAGGAACAUUAAAAAUAGUUAAUUAGCCUUUAA